GCCGCGGAUGGAGUAAUUUGACACCAUCUUAUCCGCCGCAGCCGGCACAGCUGGGCCGCGGGGCUGGGAGCGCGCCCCAUGCCCAGGACUUAAGGGAUGCGCGUUCAAAUCCUGCCGCCUGCUGCUGCUGCGUUUAGCCAAAGGAGAGGCAGGCAGGCUUCUCCUGCCUCCGAAAGCGGAGGCCGGGCUACGGCGGGGAUGCUCUGGCCGUGAGGAGGUAGCAGGGGCCAUGGAGGACGACUUGGCUUCGGAGGAUGACACCCUCCUUCUUUCGGAGAAAGAGUUUCACAACGCGGCAAAGCGGAACAACAUAGCACGGAUGGAUGAGCUGAUCAAGAGAGGGGUGGAUGUCAAGGCCAAGAAUAAUAUAGACAGGACCGCUCUCCACUGGGCUGCAGGAGCAGGUCACGAACAGGCCGUCCGUCUUCUCCUAGACCACGAUGCCUCUGUGAAUGACGAGGACAACUUUGGGAUGAACGCCCUCCUUUUAUCCGCCUGGUUUGGCCACCUCCGUGUCCUUCAGAUCCUUGUCACUGCUGGUGCCAAAAUCAACUGCCAAAACAAGAAUGGUCGCAACCUGUUGCAUUGCGCAGCCCAAAGAGGUCAUAUCAGGGUCAUUGAGUUCAUCAUGGAAGACCUUGAGGAUGUGCAGCUGGAUAAGAAAGACAAGAUGGACAGGACGGCAUUUCAUCUGGCUGCUGAGAAUGGGCAACUGGAGGUGGUGGAGUUCCUGAUUCGCUUGGGUUGUGCCUGCAGCAUCAAAGACAAGGAGAAGAACACAGCGCUUCAUCUAGCAGCCAAGAAUGGUCAUGCAGAGGUGUUGCAGAAGCUUAUAGAUGUAGGAAUGAACCUUGAUGAGAAGAAUACGGAAGGGUUGAGCGCCCUGCACUUGGCUGCUGAAAAUGGUCAUCAUGACUGCAUGAAGCUGCUCCUGGAAGCCGGCUGUGAUGUCAACAUCCAAACUCAGAAAAAGAUGACCUGCCUUCAUUAUGCUGCACAAAAUGGCUAUGAGAUCGUGGCCAGGAUCCUUAUUGAUGCAGGAAUUCACACAGAUACACUGAAUUACCAAAAUGCAUCAGCUAUGCACAUUGCGGUGCUACAGAAUCACCCAGCCAUCGUUAAACUCCUAAUUGAUGCUGAAUGUGACCUGGAUAUCCCUGAUAAUAGGCAGCAGAGCCCACUGCAUAUUGCUGCAGAGCAUGGGAGACAGGACAUUGCUGAGAUGAUUCUUAUUGCUGGGGUGAACUUAAAACUAACAGACAAGCAAGGUAAAACAUCCCUAGAUAUUGCUGCCCGUGGCAACCACAUCAACCUGGCUGACAUGAUCAUUAAAGCAGAUAGGUUUUACAAAUGGGAAAAGGAUAAUCUGAACAGUGACUCCGACUCCUGGGUAGCCAAGCACUUAACCUUCAAGCAGGACCACCGGAUGGAGACACAGCACAUCCGCUCCGUCAUGUGGAGGCUUGCGACCAAAUACCUCAAACCCAACGAGUGGAAGAAGCUGGCACAUUACUGGAAAUUCACUGAGGCUCAUAUCAGAGCCAUUGAGCACCAGUGGGCAGGCAGCAAAAGCUACAGAGAACACGGUCAUAGGAUGUUGCUCAUUUGGCUCCAUAGCGUAAUUAUGGCAGGGGAAAACCCAGUCAAAGGACUCUAUGAAGGCCUGGUGGGCAUCGGAAGAAGAGACUUGGCAGAAAGCAUCAGGAAACAGGCAAAUGCAGAUUCCACCUCACCGAGGAAGUGCACCGCGAUGUGAUACCAGUAAGAGCACAGGAAACCACCUGUUUUCGCUGCUUCAGAAGUUUCAUGCUGGAGCCACAGCAAGCAAAAUGGACAAUUUUGAACUGUUGGUCGAAAGGUAUCCAUAAACUCUCUUUCUAAGGGCUUCUUGCCAUAACAAAUGGCAACCGUAUCCACUCAAGAUCAGGUAACAAUGCAAAUUGAUACAUCAACAGGGUGUACUAUAAAGAAUGCAUUGCUGUGAGCAAAGAGAAGGCACGAUUCUCAAAAUAUGGAAGACCAGGAAGUGAAGUAUACACCGCAUUUUCCAGAUCAAAAACUAAGGUUACAAUCUCAAGUUCCGGGAUGGCCCAGGAGGUUUUGCCGCUUCAGGAUAACUCCCCACUGCCGCUGCACCUGCUCUGCCACCAUGGCCAUGCCACACCCAAUCCCUUUCCGCAGCUGUACCCUGCCUGCGACAGAGAAGGUGGGUUUGUGGCAACUGUGGAGGCAGGGACACACCCAUGUAGGAGGCAGCAAUGGUGAACAGCAUGCUUUUUGAGCUCAGAUAGCCCAUCAGAGGCGACUGUCUUCGUGGGUGGGCCAGCCCUGCUCGAGUAAACCUCGUUAAAUCAAUAUGAAUUACUGAUCAGCAAAUGCUGUUAAGAGUGUAAUGGGACAUGCAUAACAAUGUUUCUCAGCUAGAAAAUCUCACUGUGAAAUAAGAAAACUCUGCAUUUCCCGUGGUUUUCUAAACGCACCUCCAUUGUGGUAGGGGCACACGAUUCCAGGAAAAAAAAUUGAUUUAAGUUUCACUAGAGAAUGACGGCAUCUCACGUUCCACCACUGGAGACUGCACGGAGAGAGACGCCUAGAAUUCUGCUCUUGUGCCAGUCAGGUGCUAGAGAGCCACGUUUAUUUCUCAGUGUUAGCUGUUUACAUUUCUCCCAUACAGGCAUAUUUUUUUUAAAAAAACAGGAAUUUUAUGAAGAAGCUCCACCCACCCUUGGACCUCACUUUGUGCAAGAAAGCCAAGCACGCCAUUGGGCCAGAGUUAAGUGUUUGUUAGUUCCAAGGACUCCAAGAGAUAGAAUUAGAUGCAUGCUUACUUGGGGUUGGAUUGUGGCCUAGGUUAGCAGGAAAUCUUUUUCCAGUCUGAGGACUAUAUUCCUUCCUGGACAACCUCCAGGGAACCUUUUGCCAGCGGCAGGCAGGGCCAGAAGUGAAAACCGGCUGGAGGCCGGUGUGACACUAGGGUUGCCCUAUUUCAGAAAGUGAAAAUCAAGACACAAAAGCUUUAAAGCUUUUUUUUGUGGCAAAGUUAUUGAGCUAUCCAGGGUUUCAACAGGAGUCUCUCCUCUCCUCCACCCUGGAGAUUGAACCCGAGACCUUCUGCAGGCAAGACAGAUGCUCUAGCAAGGGUCCAUCUACUGAAGAAGACACAUCUUUUCCUUUAUGGUGCAGAUAGAUGCUGCACCUGCAAAGAGAUGCCCCAGCUGCAUGCUUCUCAAGCACAAGAAUGCACUUUGAGUGUUACAGCAGAAGACGAAUCAGCCAUUUAUUUUCUGUUCUUCAUAUGAACUUGGAAGGAGCAUGAGACUUCAGUGCCUAAUAAACAGUGGGCAGCUACCUCAUGCUUUUUGCACCAUGCCCCCCCCCCCGAAGGAGUAGCUUGACUCAGUCCAUGUGAAAUAUACAGUGGUACCUCUACUUACGAAUUUAAUGCGUUCCGAACGUACAUUUGUAAGUCGAAAAAAAAUGUAAGUCGAAUCCCAUAGGAAUGCAUUGGGAGAAAAAAUUAGUAAGUAGAAGCAUCCCUAUCUAAAAAAUCGUAAGUAGAAAAAAUCCUAUAUGAACCGCAUCCAAGAUGGCGGACGGAGCUCCGUUCGUAAGUAGAAACAUUCGUAAGUAGAGUUAUUCGUAAGUAGAGGUACCACUGUACUAGGGUCAACUUGAUUUAGAACUGCAUACUAAGAACCAAAGCCAAUACUUUGGCAAUCCAUGCUUAACCUCUUAUUUUAGUACACCUUAGAGCAGAGGUGGAACUUUGUAGCCUUCCCCCCAGAAGCUGAUGGACUCCAACUCCCAUCGUUCUUGACCCAUUGUGCUGGCUGAUGGGAGUUGAAGUCCAACAAAAUCAGGAAGGCCACAGGUUCCCUAACUUUUGCCUUUGAGCUAUGCAUAUGGAAAGAAAGCUGGAUAGCCAAACUCUCCUCCUCGGCAUAUCAAGAGCUACAAGUUCACUGAAAGGAGGAGUUAUCAGCUUCAGAUCAAGUGAUUCUACACAGGCAGGGCCAACCGAGGCCCGGGGUUCAUUCCAGUCAACACAGAUAGGAUGGUCACCUCUUUGUAUUUACCAACAGUAUACUUUUCUUAAACUUGUCAUGAAGUUUUGUAUUUUUUAAAAAGUGCAAGCAUAGCAUCUGGUUUUCAAAUAAACUUAUUUUUUCCCUUAACCAUUUCCCCCCCUCUUUUUUAAAUUAAACAGAAUCAUUGUAUCUCAUCAGAUCCUGGGGUAACCACUAAAUUGAGACAUUUGGGCUAUUUGAUUUAUGGUACAGAUCAGACUUUGUGAAGCUGGUGCCCUCCAUCCGACUCCCAUCAGC